GGCCAAGAGCUAUUGUUCAUGUUUGCCCACGAACAAAGGACUUAUCUGGGUCUGUACGUAAAAUCGACUGCAGGCUUGUGUCCACCGACAAGGCCUCAUGAGGGAUAAAAUAACCUAUUUCUCAUUGUCCGUAUUUUCUGGUCCAGUAUUCCCGUUAUAAUAUUUGUUGGUUUAUUCUAAAAACGUGGGACGUACUACGUUACGACGACCCAGUCAGCCACCGUAGCGUUUUACGCAAGGAGCGUGCUACACGGUAGCUACUCGCCCAGUUCUGUAAACAUCAUUCUUUGGUUGGGACUUCUCUUGCAGGCUGUUCCUCCAAGUCAUUCAAGCUGUACUCUCCGAAGGAGCCCCCCAACGGCAGCUCCUUUCCCCCGUUCCACCCCGGCACCAUGCUGGACAGAGACCUGGGCCCAACCCCCAUGUACCCCCCCUCAUACCUGGAGCCUGGAAUAGGGAGACACACACCAUACGGGAACCAGACAGACUACAGGAUAUUUGAGCUCAACAAACGGCUACAGAACUGGACAGAGGAAUGUGAUAAUCUGUGGUGGGAUGCAUUCACUACAGAGUUCUUUGAGGAUGAUGCCAUGUUGACCAUAACCUUCUGUCUGGAGGACGGGCCCAAGAGAUACAUCUCCUCCUCCUCCUCCGCAGCGAUUGGCCGGACGUUGAUCCCGCGGUACUUCCGGAGUAUAUUCGAGGGGGGCGCCACCGACCUCUACUACGUGUUGAAGCACCCCAAAGAGUCCUUCCACAACAACUUCGUCUCGCUGGACUGUGACCAGUGUACCAUGGUUACGCAGAACGGAAAACCCAUGUUCACACAGGUGUGUGUGGAGGGUCGUCUGUACCUGGAGUUCAUGUUUGACGACAUGAUGAGGAUCAAGACGUGGCAUUUCAGCAUCCGACAGCACCGUGAACUGAUACCACGCAGUAUACUGGCCAUGCACGCCCAGGACCCCCAGAUGUUAGACCAGCUGUCUAAGAACAUCACCAGAUGUGGGCUGUCAAACUCCACCCUCAACUACCUCCGACUGUGUGUGAUUCUGGAGCCCAUGCAGGAGCUGAUGUCCAGACACAAGACCUACAGCCUCAGCCCCAGGGACUGUCUCAAGACCUGCCUCUUCCAGAAGUGGCAACGCAUGGUGGCCCCGCCAGCUGAACCAGCCAGACAGGCCCCUAAUAAGAGGAGGAAGCGUAAGAUGUCAGGCGGCAGCACCAUGAGUGCCGGAGGAGGAACCACCACCAACAACAACAAGAAGAAGAGUCCAGCUAGCAGCUUCCCCCUGUCCAGCCAAGUACCAGACGUGAUGGUGGUGGGAGAGCCCACCCUGAUGGGAGGGGAGUUCGGGGACGAGGACGAGCGCCUGAUCACGCGGCUGGAGAACCAACAGUUCGACGCUGCCAACGGCAUCGAUGACGAGGACAGCUUCAACAACAGCCCCGCGCUGGGCGCCAACUCUCCCUGGAACAACAAGGCCCCAUCCAGCCAGGAGAGCAAGAGUGACAACCCUACGUCUCAGGCCUCACAGUAGAGGAGGGGAGGGAGGGGAGGGAGGGGAGGGGCUUCCAUAGUCUUAAAGGGGUUUCCUCUCCUUGUGGGUGUGUGUCAAUUGUCUGUAGUGGCUUCCUGACUGUUCUUAUCUUUUCCUCUUAAAGGGGUGAUCCGCAGUUGAAAAAAUAACUUGGUGUCACCUCUACCUCCUGUUUUAGUAAAAAGCUGAGGGAAGGGCCUGGAGAAGGGUAACCACUCUAAAAUUCAUAGACCGCUAUGGGUACAAGGACUGACCAUCCAAGAUAUAACAAAAAUAUAUAUGUAGUUUUAAGCAUGUUUUGAGGCUGUACAGUUUUUCAUUAGAUGGUUACAGAGUAAACCACGCUGAUACUGUGGCUUGUGACGGGGUGCGUCAGUUCAAUUAAGCCCCUGAGACAACAGGUACAUAUCAUUCAUUUAGAAGUCCAAAACAUGGCUGUAGGGACUACGGAUUGCCCCUUUUCUAAUAGGGAUUUUAUCUUGGCCUGUGGAGUAGACGGAGGAUCCCACUGGUUGAUAAGAGGUUUCCUUUCCCUGUCUACCUUCCUACAUUAGUUCUGAUAUGAGAGCUUGGUAGGUGACAGGAAAUGACUGAGAGCUAUUACCUAUAGGGGCCUCCUCCAGACCUGGCUCUCCUAGCUGGUCUUUUAAGGAGAGACCUGAGGAGAGGGAAGACGCUUGGGACAGUUGAGAUGCACCCAGGUAGGGGUGCAGGAAGGGGUGGUGGGGUAGGGAGAGGGCGGGGGAGGGGGACACGAGGACGACUCACACAUCUACCUUCAGAAGAAUCAUGGUCACUAGAUAUGGAGUCUUAACUCUGGUCCACUCUGCUGCUGCACUGUGUGUGUGUGUGUGUGUGUGUGUGUGUGUGUGUGUGUGUGUGUGUGUGUGUGUGUGUGUGUGUGUGUGUGUGUGUGUGUGUGUGUGUGUGUGUGUGUGUGUGUGUGUGUGUGUGUGUGUGGUGUGUUACUUGGUCAGAACUAAAGCCUGGACUGUGCCAAAGCUAGCGGACCGGAGUUGAGAUCCAAUCAGUUUAAAAUGCUUUCUCUCACACACACACACCAUUGAAGGAGUACUGAUCCAACCUUUUAACAGAAAGCAUUUAAACAACAACAACAUUUUAGAGUUUUAUACCAGUCUCUAUUUCCCUAGAAUGUUUUUAUUUUAUACUCCUGCAUUUCAAACCUACUUUUUAUUUGUUAUUUCUUACUGACGAUAUUCAGAAGCUAACAGACCAAGGAGCCAGAAAACAGGACUGCUGUUAUUCUACCCUCCCCCCUGACAAAAUAUAAUUGGUCUGUUUUAAUAUCUUUUAUGUUUUAAAGAGAAAUAAUUGUGGCUGUUUUUCUGUUUUUUGAGAUCGAUUUUCUCCUGGUUUUUAGUGUAUUUGUGCUUGUAUAUUUAAGGUAGUAGCAACGCUCUGUACGCCUGUAUUCUGACUGGUUCCUGAAGCCAUUCUGAUCGAAUGGAAAGAAAUGACAAAGAAAUGGACAAAAAGAAGGAAAAAACACAUGAACCUCUUAACCAAUCCCGUCUCUCCAUUUACAUCUCUCAACCAAUCCCGUCUCUCCAUUUACAUCUCUCAACCAAUCCCGUCUCUCCAUUUACAUCUCUCAACCAAUCCCCUCUCUCCAUUUACAUCUCUCAACCAAUCCCGUCUCUCCAUUUACAUCUCUC